UUACAAAGUAGAUGAUAAAUUUGUUAGUUUUUAGCGUCAAUUUCCUAAAAAAUAGUAUAUGAAUUGUGGUUUUUAUCAAUUGAAAGUGUAUAUUUUAUUGUUGUGAUUGAAGAGUUAGGUGUUGAAGGGUGAAAAUGGUGGGGAUGUUACCAUACGACGACGUUGAUUCCAACUUGAGAGCCAUGGCCGGUCGCGCCGAGGGUUUCGGCCGCAACGCCAUCGGUGGCCUUCACGGUUCUGUCUAUUCCGUCACCACCCUUGCAGAUGAUGGGCCUGGAUCCCUUCGUGAAGGAUGUCGUAGAAAGGAACCGUUGUGGAUUGUUUUUGAGGUUUCUGGCACCAUUCAUCUUUCAUCAUACCUCAGUGUCUCAUCUUAUAAGACAAUUGAUGGCAGAGGGCAGAGGAUCAAAUUCACUGGGAAGGGUUUGAGGCUCAAAGAAUGUGAGCACAUCAUUGUAUGCAACCUUGAGUUUGAGGGUGGUAGGGGCCAUGAUGUUGAUGGCAUUCAGAUCAAACCCAAUUCUAGGCACAUUUGGAUUGAUCGAUGCAGCCUUCGUGAUUAUGAUGAUGGCCUCAUUGACAUUACAAGACAAAGCACUGAUAUUACCAUAUCUAGGUGUUACUUUGCACAGCAUGACAAGACCAUGCUGAUCGGAGCUGACCCAACUCACGUUGGUGAUAGGUGCAUCCGGGUGACCAUUCACCAUUGUUUCUUUGAUGGAACACGGCAAAGACAGCCUCGUGUGAGAUUUGGAAAAGUUCAUCUCUACAACAAUUACACCAGAAAUUGGGCGAUAUAUGCUGUUUGUGCUAGUGUGGAAUCCCAGAUAUACUCUCAGUGUAACAUAUAUGAAGCGGCAACCAAGAAAAAGACUUUUGAAUUUUAUACUGAGAAGGCAGCAGAUAAGGAAGAGCAGAAGACUGGGUUUAUAAUAUCAGAAGGAGACAUGUUUCUGAAUGGUGCUCAGCCAUGCUCGGUUACUGAAAAGAUAGAAGAGUCAAUGUUCCAUCCUAGUGAAUAUUACCCGACAUGGACUAUGGAAGCUGCUCAACAUUCUCUCAGAGAUGUGCUCCGGUUAUGUACAGGUUGGCAAGGCAUCACUAGGCCAAUAGAUCAAAUGGUCCUUAAUUGAGAUUCAUUGCACUGCAAGACUACACCUUCUGUUCAUGUGGCACAUUGACAUUACAUCAAGCACAUUUAAGAAAGAAGGUUUACUUUGUCCCUUCAUUCAAUUCGAGUAGUACUACUACCAUAUUUAUUGUAUUAUGUAAACAGUCAAUUUUUGUGGAUCUGACACUUUUCGAUUUUGGUAUUUAUAUCUGUCCCGAAUAAUAAUUUUCAUUGUCAGAAGUUAUUCAAGUUUGAAAUAUUUAGUUGGCU